UGGUAUUUAAGAAGCUUCUAAGUUAAAUUUAGGAUUUAAUAUUAGGAAAAGCUUAUGUGGUCGUCUGCUAAAUAUUUUUGGGAUUGUAAAGUUUAUAUGAGCAUUAGUUUUACAGGUGGGGACACAUGACAAGUUGGGAAUGCAAAUAGUUCCACUGAGGUUGCUUACCCCACAUGAGACUAAAGAAUUUACACUUAAUUUGGUUAAGAACACAAACCCCAAUGAUCCUCACAACAAGAAAUGCAGAGAGAAACUUGUGGUGGAGUUAACAUUUAAGCCUUUUAUAGAUGACAGUGUACGAUUUAGUGGAUCAUUGCAUGGAUCUGGGAAAAGCGAAGACAUGGUUGGAAAAGGAUCAGAAGAUGUGUCCUUGAACAGAGCUGCUGGCUUACUUCUUGUUUUGCUUCAAGGCGCUGAAGAUGUUGAGGGGAAUCAUCACAACAGCCCUUAUGCUGUAGUCAAUUUUGGAGGAGAACAGAAGAAAACCAAGACGAUCAAGAAAACCCGGGAUCUGUGUUGGAAGUUGGAACGAAGAGUUCCAAUCUGUGCUAGAAGAGGCUCCUCUAAAGGAGAAGAUCCGUAUUGAAGUCAUAAGCAAGCGGACAGGCUUUAGUUUCCGAAGAAAGGAAUCAUUAGGAUAGGAUACGUGGAUAUCAAUCUAAAUGAUGUAGUACACAACGGACGCAUCAGUGGAUAUCAAUCUAAAUGAUGUAGUACACAACGGACGCAUCAAUGAGAAGUACAAUAUGAUCAAUUCAAGAAAUAGAGUCUUACAUGUUGAAAUACGUUGGAAGGUGAUUUGAGACAUGUCACAAAGAUUUUAUACUUCACUACUUUCAGAGUCUUACAUUCUUUUGAUUAUAUUUUCUACAAACAUAUUCUUUUGUAUCACAUUAUGGAGUACACAAAGGCAAAAUAAUGGAAAAAAGAACAAACAAAUCUGUAUAUUUUUUGGUCAUAUUUCUUGUUAAUCUUAAUUCUUGUAUAACACCAACAGAAAGGUGUUGAUUUUUGUAAUUUGAGACCCUGUAAUUUCACUGUUUUAA